AUGCGCAAGAACGUCUACGUCACGCCCAAGAGCUUCCUGUGCCUUAUCGAUUUCUACAAGGUGCUUUACGCGAUCAAGUACGACGAGAUCAACGUGCAGGAAAGGAGCGUCAACGUCGGCUUGCAGAAGCUGAAAGAGGCUUCCGAGUUCGUGGAGAAGCUGAAGGUCGAGCUCAAGGAGCAAGAUGUGGUCCUGAGGGCGGAGGAGAAGAAGACCACAGCGCUCCUUGAGAAGGUCAUGGCCGAGAAAGCCAAGGCGGACAAGAAAGCCGAGCAGGUGAACGCGCAGAAGGCGGACUGCCAGGCGGAAGCCGACAAGAUCAACGGUGAGAAGGCCGAGGCCCAGAUCGAGCUGGACAAGGCAUUGCCUUUCCUGCACGAGGCCGAGUCUGCCUGCAACUCCAUCACCAAGAAGGAUAUCACUGAGAUCAAGACCAACAACAAGCCUGUGGACAUCAUCAAGCUGACCUUCGACGGUCUGCAGAUCCUACAGUCGAAGCCGGUCAUCUCGGUGAAGGUAGAUGACAAGCUCAUCAACAAGGUGACUGCAUCCUUCAUCAUGGACAGCUACGAGGAGUUCUCCAAGAAGGAUCUGCAGGACAUGAACUUCUUGAACAACAUCUUGGACUUCGCGGCCAACGAGAAGGACAACAUCAACGACGAGACCUGCGAGCUCCUGGAGCCGUACCUGCGCUUCGACGAGGAUGUGGCGAAGAAUUGGAGUCCUUGGCCCUUCAAGGCACGGCCCUCUUCUUCAUGA